UCAAUGGACGGACGGACGGGGAGGGGCUGGAGCUUCAGGCUCCCCAUAAACCGGGCUGUUCAGGAGAUAUCCUGGGCAGAUGUUUUACAACUUCUUACCUUCCCUGCGAAUGUGCUGGGCGGGGGUCGCGCCUAACGUCCCACAACAGCCACUGGGGAGGAAGAGGGAAGGGGGAAAGACUUGAGGUUUUUUUUUUCUUCGCCCAAAGUUAUGUUAUAGGCAAGGGAGGGCCAUCCAAUCAAACCGAGGCGAGGGGUUUUUGCGUCCUUGCCAAGGGUUUCCACCGGGACAAAUAUAAAGGCAGGGCGACGCGGAAGGGAGGAGGGGGCUCUGCAGCGAUGGGGCUCCACGGAAGAAGGUGCAGUGAAAAGAUCAUCUGACUCUGCCGGAGCUCCAGACCCUUAGCCGACCAAUAGGGGAAGCACGGGAGGCUUGGUCUGUAGUAUUCAAAAGACGAGGCAGAGCAUUUGGGACCUUUCUCAAAUUCUGUGGUUGGGGUUAAUAAGAUCGCUAAGAGAGUCCCCUUCUGUGGCUUUUACUUAAAUCGACUGAAAGAUCUCUCUUCCUGCUUUAAUCUCCGGGCCCUUGUGGAUUACAUCGCUUUUUGUUCCGACAAAGUUGUUCCGCAAAGCAAAAGUCACUUUGGAAAAGAGGCGCGGGAGAUCUGCUGCAGAAGAUGCCGGGACAGUAAAAGUGCUUCUUAAAUGCCUGCAGGCUUGGUCCGGCAUGGCGGUGUAUGCCCUCACUGGCUUUUCCCUGGUCAGCCUCCUCAGCUUUGGCUACCUGUCCUGGGACUGGAUGAAACCCAGUUUGGUGGCUGAUGUGUCUGCGGAUUCAAUGGGGAAGCCUGCCCCCCCAGCUCCUGCCAGGCCGCCUCACAUCAUCUUCAUUCUAACCGAUGACCAGGGUUAUCAUGAUGUGGGAUACCAUGGCUCAGAUAUCCAGACUCCAACGCUGGACAGACUGGCUGCUGAAGGGGUUAAACUGGAGAAUUAUUACAUCCAGCCCAUCUGCACUCCUUCCAGGAGCCAGCUUAUUACAGGAAGGUACCAAAUCCAUACAGGCCUUCAGCACUCCAUUAUCCGUCCCCGGCAGCCAAACUGCUUGCCCUUGGAUCAUGUCACUCUUCCUCAGAAGCUUCAGGAAGCUGGCUAUUCCACACAUAUGGUAGGCAAGUGGCAUUUGGGGUUCUAUAGAAAAGAAUGUCUGCCUACUCGCAGGGGCUUUGAUACCUUCCUGGGCUCCCUUACAGGGAAUGUGGAUUACUACACUUAUGACAACUGUGAUGGCCCUGGCGUAUGUGGCUAUGACCUCCAUGAUGGAGAAAAUGUGGCCUGGGAACAGAGUGGGAAAUAUUCCACCGUCCUCUAUGCUCAGCGAGUCAGCAAAAUCCUGGCUACCCAUAAUCCCAAGAAGCCAAUUUUCAUCUAUCUAGCAUUCCAAGCAGUGCAUACACCUCUGCAGUCCCCUAAGGAAUACAUCUACCGCUAUCGCUCUAUGGGUAAUGUUGCCCGACGCAAGUAUGCUGCUAUGGUCACAUGCAUGGAUGAAGCUGUGAAGAACAUCACCUGGUCACUCAAGAAGUAUGGUUACUAUGACAACAGUGUGAUUGUGUUUUCUACAGACAAUGGUGGGCAGACAUUCUCUGGGGGAAGCAACUGGCCUCUGCGAGGCCGCAAGGGAACCUAUUGGGAAGGAGGAGUCCGUGGCAUUGGGUUUGUCCACAGCCCUCUGAUUAAACGUAGACGUCAAACCAGCAGGGCCCUAAUCCACAUAACAGACUGGUAUCCAACAUUAGUGAACUUGGCCGGGGGUAACCUCUCUCACACAGAACGUUUGGAUGGGUAUAAUGUGUGGCCUUCUAUUAGUGAGGGCAAAGAGUGUCCACGUACUGAAAUCCUACAUAAUAUUGAUCCCCUUUAUAACCAUGCCAAAUAUGGCUCUUUAGAAAAUGGUUUUGGCAUAUGGAAUACUGCAGUACAGGCCUCUAUACGGAGAGGAGAUUGGAAACUUCUGACUGGAGACCCUGGUUACAGUGACUGGAUCCCACCACAGACUUUGACCAACUUCCCAGGGAGCUGGUGGAACCUGGAGCGACUAACAGACGGUAUGCGCAAAUCUGUCUGGCUUUUCAAUAUCACUGCCGAUCCCUAUGAGCGCUAUGACCUAUCAGACCAGAGACCAGACAUAGUGAGGGCUCUCCUUACCCGACUUGUCCAUUACAACCAGACUGCCAUUCCAGUGAGAUAUCCAGCUGAGAAUCCUCGUGCCCACCCAGCCUUCAAUGGUGGUGCCUGGGGUCCCUGGGCUACUGAGGAAGAAGAGGAGUGGGAGGGAGGACAUGGACGUCUGAAAAAUAAAAACAGGAAGAAGUGCAAGAUCUGCAAAUUGCACUCCUUUUUCCGGAAGCUGAACACCAGGCUGAUGUCAAACCGUAUCUGAUGGCAGUCAGGGAGUGCGAAGAGCAGAAGACGCAGCCUCUAAGGGGUGCAGUUUAAGCAGCAGGAAUAGGGGAAAGGGGCAAUGAUGGAUAUAAAGUCAGUAGGCCCACAUAAUUUUCCCUACACCUAUGUGAUAUGUGGUGGAGAUAAACAUAAGCGGGGAGGGUCUUUUUCACAACAUUUUGACUCAUGAUUGUCAAGAGAUGUCACAAUCUAUGCACAAAUCUGAACAGUAGUGAAACAAGAAAGUGACAGUGUCUUGUGCAGGCUAUCUAGGAACCAAUAAAAACCUGGUUCCAGGACAUCACUAAAGAUCAACCUUACCUGAAGGUGUUCCAAUAAGUCUGCUUUGGAAGAGGAUCUGGGCUGUGUUUACCUCAUGAACUUCUGAUCACAAAUAUUCUGCAUUACAUAAUAUUCUUGUUCUGGGAAAGUAUCUGUGGGUUCUUCCCUCCCUUAAGGUUGCAACCAUUUUCCUUCCUGAUCACUUUAGGGCAAGUGGGUGGUGAUACAGAAGACCGGGGACUUAUUUUUAUCAGAGACAGAACACAAACCUGAAACAGUGUGAACAUUUUCUUCUAACUAUGCAUAAUGACUAACAUCCUAUAAAUGUAGCAGGGAUAUCAGAAAGGAAUGUUUGAGCAUUGCACAUGUUUACAUGCAUAAACUGAAAAUAUGUAGGGGAAAAAUAAUUAUGGGGCAAAUGUUUAUAUGUUGAUCUAUGGAUUGGUUUCCGUACAAUAGAAGACAACAGUGUCACCUCUA